AUGAAUCAAGGAAACAAAAUCAUCAAGAUCUUAUUUUUCGAAUCGGCAUUUGAAUAUUGGUGGCCGAGAAAAAGAAUUACAGAAUCUCAGAAUCUCAGAAUCUCAGAAUCUCAGAAUCUCAGAAUCUCAGAAUCUCAGAAUUACAGAAUCUCAGAAUCUCAGAAUCUCAGAAUCUCAGAAUCUCAGAAUCUCAGAAUCUCAGAAUCUCAGAAUCUCAAAAUCUCAGAAUCUCAGAAUCUCAGAAUCUCAGAAUCUCAGAAUCUUAGAAUCUUAGAGUCUCAGAAUCUCAGAAUCUCAGAAUCUCAGAAUUACAGAAUCUCAGAAUCUCAGAAUCUCAGAAUCUCAGAAUCUCAGAAUCUCAGAAUCUCAGAAUCUCAGAAUCUCAGAAUCUCAGAAUCUCAGAAUCUCAGAAUCUCAGAAUCUCAGAAUCUCAGAAUCUCAGAAUCUCAGAAUCUCAGAAUCUCAGAAUCUCAGAAUCUCAGAAUCUCAGAAUCUCAGAAUCUCAGAAUCUCAGAAUAUCAGAAUUUCAGAAUCUACGAAUCUCAAAUUACAGAAUAUUAG